GUUUUUCUUAUUUUCAUGUCUUAUAGCAUUUCGACCUCUGACCUAUCAAAUAAAGAAUGCCGGUCGUGUAUAAAGCCCUGUGGAUAACAGUUUGGGGUAUUUUAGGACUAGCACUUGCAAUGUCCCACGAUGUCGCUUUUGCUGAAAACAAGGCUGACGUACCUGAUGAAUACCCCGAGAUCGACACUUUUGAUGAUAUGAAUGGUGGUUACCAAAAACAUUUCUCGGAGUUCUUAGGAGUGCCUAACAAGAAGUAUUCAGAAAUUUCGAGUGAUUCGAGUAACUUGUUGGCUGGUUUAAAUAAUGAAGAAAGAAUGAAACGUUUUUCAGAAUUCCUUGGGGGACCUGGAAAACGUUUUUCACAUAUAUAUGAAGACCCUGAAAAGCGAUUUUCGGAGUUUCUAGGCGGACCAGGUAAAAGAUUUUCGGAGUUUCUUGGUGGACCAGGUAAAAGAUUUUCCGAGUUUCUUGGCGGACCAGGUAAAAGAUUUUCCGAGUUUCUUGGCGGACCAGGUAAAAGAUUUUCCGAGUUUCUUGGUGGACCAGGUAAAAGAUUUUCCGAGUUUCUUGGUGGACCUGGAAAACGCAGUAUUCCAUUUCCUUAUGAAAUACAUCCUCAACAUGUCCACAGUGUCACCAAGAAAUUGUCAGAAUUCCUAGGAGGACCAGGAAAAUAACUGUUUUGGAUUUACUCAAGUACUCUACAUCACAUCUUUCUGAGUUUUAGGAAGCCUUUGACAGUUACGAGAAGUAUUAUAACAUAUAAAUCUAGAAUAACAAUACGAUUACAAUGCGAUAAUAUCAUGUAUACGUAUAUCAUUGAACAAAAUGCAUUAGUACAAAAUUGAAGAAAAUUUUUAAAAGCAGCAUUGACACCCCUGUUGUAAAUUUUAAACUCUAUGUUAUAGCUAUAGCUUACAUUUAAAUUAUUUCGAACACAAAUAAUAUUGUAGAAACUUCAUAAUAUUGAAAUUUGUAAAACAUAUUUCAUUUUUUGCCGAUGUACGA